CUUGUCUAAGCGAGGCGGAACGCAGGCGAGGCGCAGGUCGAGAUUAGCAGCGUCGCAUGCGAGGCGCUGCAGUGUCAGCAAACUCAGCUCAGGCGGGGCAGAGAGAUAGGCGCUGGUAAGAGUAGAGAUAGCAGAUUCGAGGAUGGCGUGCAACAAGGACGGGAGUAGAUCCGAGGCAGACGACGGCGAGAGGAAGGAGGCAUCACAAGGACAAGGGAAGCAAUCAGGGUCGAUGUUCUGACCUCAGACUCGUACGACCUUUUCACAAUCGCACUCUCCUCCUCUCUGCGCUUGAGCUCGCUAGACGCACACCAUGACCUCGCAGCAGCGGCAGCAGCAGCAGUCCACAGAACGCACGCCGCUCAUCUACUCCAAUGGCCACUACCGGGGAGACGGCCAUGCCAACGCCGACGAUGCUGCAGACAAUGACCUUUCCACCCCUCCCGUCUCCACUUGGUCCCUCAUCCUGACAGAAGCCGGUGCACUGGUGUUCAACUCCAUCCCCACCUCGCUGGGCUACAUGCUGCAGAAUUCCAUCCAGACAGUGAGCGUGACAGUUUUGAGUCUAAAGAGAGACGAUACGGCCCUGAGUGGUGCCGCACACGGCUUUAUGCUGGCCAUGGUCACCGCUUGGACCCUCGCCCUGGGAGGAACAACAGCACUGGACUCUCUCGCCUCGGUGUCCUACGCCCAGUCCCUCUCGCCCAAGCUCUCCGCCUCUCAGGCCCGGCACAAUCGAGAGCAGGUGGGAAUACUCCUGCAAAGGUGCCUCAUCGUCCUCUUUACCAUCUUUGUACCCGUGGCGGUGCUCUGGUAUAACAUCUACCCGGUACUGCUGCUGCUGGAUCAGCCCCCUGCAGUGGCAGUUGAAGUGCAGAGGUUCCUGAGGGUGCUCAUCUUGGGUGCGCCUGGAUAUAUUCUCUUCGAGAGUUUGAAGAAGUUCGUGCAAGUGCAGGGAGAUGCCAGACCGCCUACGCAGGCGCUCCUCAUCGCCUUUCCUCUCAAUCUCGGCCUGAAUUGGCUCUUCAUUCACACCCUCGACAUGGGUCUACUAGGCUCCCCCUUGGCCGUAUCCAUCACGUACUAUACCUCCGCCCUACUCCUAGUCAUCCACAUCCUCUUCCUCGGACGCAAGACUUCGCGUCCUGGAUGGGGCGGAUGGAACCCCUCUGCUGCACUGCACCUGCGCAGCGUACUCCUCUUCACCAAGAUGGCCGUCAGCGGGUGGAUCAUGGUUGCGUCAGAGUGGGUCUCAUUUGAGAUCGUGGCCCUCGUGGCAGGCUCGCUGGGUGAGGUGGAGCUAGCGGCACAGAGUGUCAUCAUGACCAUGGAUCAGUGCAUCAACACGCUUCCAUUCGGUCUCGGUGUCGCUACUUCAGGCCGUAUCGGACACCUACUCGGCCUAGCAGGCGAUCUCAACCCACUCUCGGUAGCCAAGCUGCCCAUUUCAGCACACACUGCCUUCCUCGUCUCCACCGUACAAGGUCUGGCAAUCGGCGUACCCCUCUUCAUUGCUCGCAAGUCCUUCGGUAAGCUCUUUACAGACUCUACAGCGGUAGUCAAGAUGAUCGCCCGUGUCAUGCCCCUCGUCGCCGCUUUCCAAGUGUCGGAUGGCUGGGCUCAAUCGCAGGGUGGAGUAUUGAGGGGGAUCGGACGCCAUGAAGUAGGAGCAGCGGCGAAUAUCGUUGCAUUCUACAUCAUUUCCCUCCCACUGGGAGUCUACCUCGCAAAGGGAAAGCCCCAGGUGGGGUUGCCUGGCCUUUGGGCUGCUCAGUGGCUGGGACUUACAUUGGUGGGAUUGGCAGAGUGGGUAGUGGUCUGGAGGACAAACUGGAAGAAGCAGGUGCAGCAUGCUGAUGAGAGGAGUCAGACCGGAAGAGGACAGGGCCAGGAGGAUUCGAACGGGGACGAGGCUGCAGAGGUCGCGAGGAGAGCUGCUUAGACUGUGCCGAGAAAGACGCAAUCACAGACUACAUUCACGAUCACCAUUCAGACAAUGACCCUGACAAAUCACAUGGACCUUCAAAAAUUGAUUGAGAUACUGUUCAGAUUGCUUUGCAAUUUUCGCCCUUCUGUCCACC